CACCGCGAACGACGGGCGGCGGAUCCCGCGCCCCCCCCGGCGCUCCCGCCCCGGCGGCAUGAGGGGACAGCGCGGCCGGACCGAGCGAGCGGUUUGAGUUGGUCUCACUAACUGCAGCGAUGGUGCAGAAGUACCAGUCCCCCGUACGGGUGUACAAACACCCUUUUGAGUUAAUUAUGGCUGCAUAUGAAAGAAGGUUUCCUACGUGUCCUCUGAUCCCUAUGUUUGUAGCCAGUGACACUGUAAGUGAAUACAAGAGUGAGGAUGAAGCCAUCCAUGUGAUUGAGCGGCGCUGUAAGCUGGACAUCGACGCACCGCGGCUCCUGAAAAAGAUUGCAGGAGUGGAUUAUGUCUACUUUGUCCAGAAGAACUCUUUGAACAGACGAGAGAGGACUUUGCAUAUAGAAGCCUACAAUGAAACCUUCUCUAAUAGAGUCAUCAUUAACGAGCACUGCUCUUACACAGUUCAUCCUGACAAUGAAGACUGGACCUGUUUUGAACAGUCAGCAAGUCUGGAUAUCAAAUCUUUUUUUGGUUUUGAAAGCACAGUGGAAAAGAUUGCCAUGAAGCAAUACACCAGCAAUAUUAAAAAGGGAAAAGAAAUAAUAGAAUACUACCUGAAGCAGCUGGAGGAAGAAGGAAUAACUUUUGUUCCUCGCUGGACUCCUCCUGUCACAUGUAAAUCAGAGAGCAGCACAUCCCACACAAGGAGACCAGUUUCACCUGCUAUUAAUAUACCAGAGUCUGCCACAAAGGAGGGCUUGAACAACAAGGAGAUCCUCAACACCUCCAGCAGCCCCUCGGAGCCCACUGCAGGAACACCAGAUGACAAACUAGACGCAGACUACAUCAAGAGGUACCUGGGGGACCUGACCCCGAUGCAGGAGAGCUGCCUCAUCCGGCUGAGGCAGUGGCUGCAGGAGACGCACAAAGGCAAAAUCCCAAAGGAUGAGCACAUUUUGAGAUUCCUGCGUGCCCGGGACUUCAACAUCGAUAAAGCAAGAGAGAUCCUUUGCCAGUCUCUGACGUGGCGUAAGCAGCACCAGGUGGACUAUAUUCUGGACACCUGGAACCCUCCACAAGUACUCCAGGAUUACUAUGCAGGAGGCUGGCAUCACCAUGACAAAGACGGUCGCCCGCUGUACGUGCUGAGGUUGGGACAGAUGGACACCAAAGGUUUAGUGCGAGCUCUGGGGGAAGAGGCCCUGCUUCGAUACGUUCUUUCAAUAAAUGAAGAAGGACUGAGGCGAUGUGAGGAGAAUACAAAAGUAUUUGGCAGGCCAAUAAGCUCCUGGACAUGUCUAGUAGAUCUGGAAGGCUUGAACAUGAGGCAUUUAUGGAGACCUGGUGUCAAGGCCUUGCUGAGAAUCAUUGAGGUGGUUGAAGCCAAUUAUCCUGAGACUUUGGGUCGUCUUCUUAUCCUAAGAGCACCUCGAGUAUUCCCAGUUCUCUGGACACUGGUUAGUCCAUUCAUUGAUGACAACACUAGAAAGAAAUUCCUUAUUUAUGCUGGAAAUGACUACCAGGGUCCUGGGGGACUGUUGGAUUACAUCGAUAAAGAAAUUAUCCCUGAUUUCCUUGGUGGAGAGUGCAUGUGUGAAGUACCAGAGGGUGGGCUGGUUCCCAAGUCCCUCUACCGGACAGCAGAAGAGUUGGAAAAUGAAGACAUAAAGCUCUGGACUGAAACAAUCUACCAGUCUGCAAGUGUCUUCAAAGGAGCUCCACAUGAGGUUCUCAUUCAGAUCGUGGAUGCCUCAUCUGUGAUCACGUGGGAUUUUGACGUGUGCAAGGGCGACAUCGUUUUUAACAUCUUCCAUUCCAAGAGGGCCCCACAGCCCCCCAAGAAGGACUCUCUGGGAGCCCACAGCAUUACAUCUCCUGGUGGGAACAACGUCCAGUUGAUAGACAAAGUCUGGCAGUUGGGGCGUGACUACAGCAUGGUGGAGUCUCCCCUGAUCUGCAAGGAAGGGGAGAGUGUGCAGGGCUCCCACGUGACCAGGUGGCCUGGUUUCUAUAUUCUGCAGUGGAAGUUCCACAACAUGCCUGCCUGUGCUACAACCAACCUGCCUCGUGUGGAUGAUGUAUUGGCAUCUCUACAGGUGUCCUCUCACAAAUGUAAAGUGAUGUACUAUACAGAAGUGAUAGGAUCUGAAGAUUUCAGGGGAUCUAUGACCAGCCUUGAAUCAAGCCACAGUGGAUUCUCCCAGCUCAGUGCUGCCACCACCUCCUCUAGCCAGUCCCAUUCCAGCUCCAUGAUUUCCAGAUGGCGAUUUUGCUGACAACUGUAAAGAAUCUGCUUCAACACUCCACAUCUGUCCAGAGGUGUCUGGCUUUGUAGACCUUUUUGAGUUGCAGUCCCUUUUCAAGUCUGAAGAUCUGUGUUUUGUUUUUCACUUGAGCUGGCUCAAAAGUGGCACUUUGGGUUUUUCCUGCUGUUGAUCUUAACACAUCUUUUAGAGCUCAAAGCACAUGACAGCACUAACAGCUGGGAAGAUAAAAUAAUAGUUAAUCUUCCUCUAAGCAAAGUGCUGUGGCAAUAUGACUUGAUCACUGCAGUCUGACUAAUUAAUUUCCCCUACACUGGUCUUUCUUUAUGUGAUAUUACUGCUCUUCUUCCUUCUCUCAGCCAGUAACUCUUCUGUUGGCACUUUUCCUGUUAUCAGUGUCCUUCUGCACUUCACUAUCUCUCCUCAUGAACUGCAUAUCAAAUUCGGUAAAUGUUUUGUAUACAUAAUACCUCAUUCUUGGUAAUAAAAUACAGAUAGUCUUUAAAAGAUUUUUUUAUUGUUAUCAAUAAAUGUGAACUGUUUGGAAAAAAA